CUGGUGUCAGCUGUCAAAAAAAUGUGGACUGUUUGUGAAAUUUUUGAGCGAAACAUUUAACAAAAUGAGUAAUUCCGAAGAAUCUUUGAUCGUGUCAAUGUGUAUGGGCGAGCAGCCAGGCAAGAGCAUGGGAAACCGUACGCGAAAUACUGGAAACCAUAUUUGAAAGUUCCAGUUCAUCCUCUGAAGACUCGGAAAGCGAAAAUGAACAUCAUGAGAAGUGUUCCAACUUUGAAGGUACUCUCGAUGCAAUGAGUGAGAUGGACUUCAAAAUUAACAUGAGACUGAAACGUGAAACAGUGGAGUAUCUAACAACGAAAUAUUCAAUAUCUGCGUUUCUUCCUGACCAGUCUGGUGGUGGUAGGUCACGCAUAUCACCCAAAAAGGCAGUUUAUAUGUAUAUUUGGUACAUAAGCAACACCGUGACAUUUAGGCAGCUAGGUAUUUUGUUUGGGGUAGCCACUUCGGCCGCGUGGACAACAGUUCAACGAGUUACCGAAUUCUUGGUAUCUAUUAGCCAUGAAUACAUCAAGUGGCCAGAAGGUGCUUAUUUGCAAAAUACAACGGAAAAAUUUCACCAAAAAAAACGUAUUCCUGGCGUGAUUGGAGCUAUAGAUUGCACACAUAUUGUUAUUAAGGGUCCGAAAGAUCAAAAACAGAUGUACUUUAAUCGAAAAAAAUCGUACAGCUUGGUGCUUCAAGCCGUAGUAGAUGCCGAUAAAAAGUUCACGGACAUAACUUGUGGUAAACCUGGCUCGCUUCAUGAUUUCAGAGUUUUGAGAAGAUCAAAACUAUUCCACGAUGCCGAAAGAUAUUAUGAAGAAAUGUUCUCAGGUUCCUAUUUUAUUAUCGGAGAUUCGGCAUAUCCGUUGAUGAAAUGGCUGGUGUCACCAUUUAAAGACUAUGGAAAUUUAACCCAAAUUCAACGAAAAUUCAACGAAAUACAUUCUUCAACGCGAAUGGUAGUUGAAAAUGCGUUUGGGCUGUUAAAAGGACGUUUCCGAAGGCUGGUGGAAUUUACAGAGCAAACAGAUUUGAAGAUGAUUACGAACAUCGUGGCCAGUACGUGUGUUGUACAUAACAUUUGCAUGACUUUUGACGAUUUGUGCGACGCCAAUGAAGAAAAUGACACAGACGAAGCGAACCCCUUUGUUAUUGAAGAUGAAAUUGAGGAGUCAAAUUUGGAUGCAAACCUUGAUAGGAGACAAAACCUUUUUAAUUAUUUAAGACAACAAAAUAUUAUUUAAAUAUAUAUUACAUUCAUUUAUUUGUAAACA